ACUUUCAAGAUGGCCGUCUGAAUUUUGUAACAGAAACACAGAUUUUUGCACGUGUUUUAUUCCAAUUUCUCAGAUUUCUGACAUUUUUCGACGCCAGGAUGCCUGUCGGACGGAACUGGGCGAAGCUGCUGCGGUCCUGGAACCCGCAGUGGGUUAUCGGGAGAGUCGUGGGGGUCAGAAUGGAGCAAGUGGCCAAGGUCAAAUGUGUCAAGAUGGUUCUGGAUCCAUACAUAGUCAAGUAUUUUGGGAAACCUAGAAUAUUCUACGCCUACGACCCGGAGAAGAAGUGCACCAUGGGAGAUGUUGUUCUACUGAAGGCUCUGCCAGAACCCGCGCCAACGAAACCUCAUGCCUCUACACACAAGAUUAGCGAAUUUGUCCAUCAGGUUGGGAGAAUAUACGAUCCCAUCAGAGGCCAGCGUUGUGAAGGCACAACCCUCCUCCCACCAGACAAACACAAACUUCCCAAACAACCAACUACAGGCCGACCCUACAGCGAAAUUCCUGCACCCGACAAGUCACCUUAUGAAAAAAUCCUUCCGGACACAGAAUAUUACCGAAACAAAUAAGCAUGUACAUAUCUUAGAAGCAUUUAAGAGCAUUACUUUUCUUUUGAUAAAAAUAACUUCUCUUGAGCAUAAGUUUAAAGAGUUGUUCUUCUGUGUAUUUUCUUAAAAGUUUUAAGAUUCCACCACUAGU